CAGUCUUUACAGUGUACAGCCUUCAUACUCUUCAAGGUGCUGACAAUGAGUGCUGACUGGUGGAUUUUCAUUUUAGCCCUGUGCUUCAUGUGUGUCUCUUCAAAUGAAGAUGAAUAUGACCGUGAGGAUUGUUCUGAAGAUUUGGACUGUGAGAGGCAGAGACUCAGUGCUCGGCUUGGCUCCACUGUUCUCCUGUCAUGCCACUUUUCAAAAAGAACCCCCUCCCAGGUGUUGUGGGUCCAUAUGGAUGAUGUGAUCUUCCUCACAUCUGAUGGCCGUGUUAAGUUCUCGAACCCCAGGCAUGGCCGGGUGAAAGUCUUUCCAAACCAGGGCUCACAGGGGAACUACUCCAUCUGCAUCGAUGAGCUUCAGGAUUCUGACCUGGGGUGUUAUCGCUGUAAGCAGGGAAACGACUGUCUUGAAGUGAAAUUGAUUGCUGAGACAGGAACACUGACUGAAGAGACGCAGCUAUUGAUUUAUAUAUGUGCAGGCAUAGCCACAAUUCUGCUGGUUAUCACUGGCUACUGUUGCUUGAAGUGCAUAUUGUGGUGUAAUAACAGGAAGCAGGACAAUACGAACAAUCCUGUGGGUGCAGUUGCAAGUGCUCCACCUGCGGAAAUAGGCAGACAAGUAGAUGAACAGCGAAGAGGAGAGGACAACCUUGUUUAUGAAAAUGAUGACCAAUGUCCAGCCAGCCAGCAGGGCAACUACAGCAGAAAUCAUGGCAAUCUCCCAGGAGUUUUACCUGACGUGGACAGGACUCAACCCACUCAAAGCACAAGCAGCAUUUAUCCAAACUUGAACCAGUUCAACUUUGAGAGGGUGGAAAGUCAGAGAACAAAACUGAGAUUUCAUACAGACAUCUUGAGCAGAAUACGGCAAGCAAGUUUCAGUCGGCAUUACUAUGUUAACCAACGUGAACUCAGCAAACAACAAGCAACGUCAACGCAGGCGGAGAGUCAUUGCACCGGAGGUUUGGGGAAGAAGAAGAAGAAGAAAGUUAAUGAGAAUUGUCAAUACCAAAACCCAAUUUACAACAGAAGCACAGAGCAGCUCAACCAUCUGUAGAGAACCAAGGGCAGUGCUCAAACAGCUGCUGGGAUCUUUUCAGCAUCAUUUCAGUUAUUGAAAAUUCAUUUUGCAUAAAUAUUCAUGUAUUACUGUAUUUGUUUGUUGUAUUACUGCAUUGUAUUUCGUUGGCUGUAGAUCUAAAAGACAAUUACUAAUGGCUGAUAAAGUUCAUCAUACAAACAUCAAGAUUAUUCGCAUACAAUAAAGUAUAAUCAAAUCAA